CAUGAAUAACUUGUUUUUUUUCAUGAUGACUGAUAUAUCUAAUACUUGUCCACAUUUUAAAUUUCAGCUGAAUUGUUUGUUAAUGGGGAAAUUGUGCAAAGAUCACCAGAAAGGCAGAGGAGGGUGGAGCCACAGCCACAAAGAGCCCAGGACAGACCAAGGUACAAUGACAGAACCCGAUAUGUGCGCCGCAGAAAUCAGGGCCAACAGUAAACUUUUAACGUGGAAGAAUUGGUUGUAUAUACAUCGAGGGGCUAAACAAUCAUUUGAGCAUCUGGACUUAAAGAAGCCUGUACCCGUUUCUAGGAGUCUUGUUCUGUCAAAUGAACUCAAUUUUUAGGACUACUGCCACUAGUUGAACUUAACCAUGGAUAUAAUUAUGUCUUUGUGAUUGUCAUUCCAUACAUGUUUACUGAAACUGCAUGUGUUGGCAAUGCUAUUUCUGUAUGUCGGAAUCAUGAUCCUUGGGGAUUAUUGUUUAUAACAGAUCUUGAAUCCUUAUUUCUGUUAAUAAGUUGUUAAUUAUUCAUCGAAAAAAAAGUAGUUUCUUUA